CAUUCAACAUUUAAAGACAAAGAACUAAACGCUCUUUCAUCUUGUCACCUGUCACCUUGUCUUCUCAAGCAAAAUAAUUAGGGUAUCCUCUUUUCUUGCAAUACACCUGAAAGUUAUAAACUUUAUAGCUUUAUCCUUUUCUUAGUUAAGGCCAAAAUGGGAGUUGCAGGGACGUUGGAAUACUUAUCUGAAGUACUUAGCAGCGUUAAGAAACACAAGAAAAAGAAACAGAUCACUACUGUUGCUGUCAAGAUUAGAAUGGACUGUGAAGGUUGUGCUCGUAAAGUCAAGAAUGCUCUCUCCCGAGUCAAAGGCGCAAAAUCAGUGGAUGUGGAUUUAAAGCAACAGAAAGCAACAGUAACAGGAUUUGUGGAACCUAAGAAAGUGUUGAAAGCAGCACAAGCUACUGGAAAGAAGUGUGAACUGUGGCCAUAUGUGCCAUAUAGUCUGGUGGCACAUCCUUAUGUAGCUGGAGUUUAUGACAAGAAGGCUCCUCCCAAUUUUGUUAGAGCCACUAAUGAUCCAGCUGUUGCUCACCUAAAUCCAGUGGAAGAACAAUAUACUCUCAUGUUUAGUGAUGAAAAUCCAAAUGCCUGCUCCAUUAUGUAGCUAUAAUAUUAGUGCAUGUCUUAAUUCUUGUAUUUAAUUUUUCCCUUCUUCCUAAUAGAUUUGUCCUAGUUCACGAGUAGAUGAUAGAGCUGAGGGUCUAUCGGAAACGGCCUCUCUAUUUUUAUAAAAUAGGGGUAAGGUCUAGUACAUACUACCCUUCCCAGACCUCAUAUAUGGGUUUUGUUGUUGUUGUUAUUGUUGACGAGUAGCUGAUAUCAUAGGAUUCCGAAGAAACUAUCAGAAGUGUAUUUUAUUAAGGAGAAAUCGACUAUGUAUAAAGUA